GUUCGUUCCCAUUUUCCCAGAGAGAGCAAGCGGAAGGAGUACGAAAAGGCAGUGUAAUCACAUCACCGGAGAACUCCUUUAGCGAAAGAAGCUCCUGCUGUGCUUGGACAUCGCCAAAUGGAAAACCCUAGUAAAAGACAGAAGUGCCGUACACAACAAGAUGUGGGGGAUUCAAGUUCACCUGGUUUGUGGCUUGAAGAUAAUACGAUGCGUGUGGGAUUGUGUUUUAAAGAUAUAUCUGAGCUGAAGAAGGCAGUGGACUGGUGGUCCAUUAAGAGGCAGCGAAAAUGUUUACUGAUUAGAGAGAUGGACAAGGACAGGUAUGCCUUUGAGUGUCUGAGAUGGGGAUGCAAGUGGUCAAUUCGUGCUUCUCGAAUAAAAGAAGACGGUCUUUUGAAGAUAACUAAGUGUACUGGUCCACAUACUUGUCGCCCUAAAUAUGCAUCAGAAUUUAAAGUCAAGUUUAUAGAUUGUGAGAUUGAACGUGCGGUUAGGGUACAGCCCAUGGUCUCAGUUGCAGAGUUAGAUAAGUUGUGGGAAGAAAAACAUGGCUAUUCCCUUGAUGGAGUGGAGGAGGUGGACAAUGAUGCAAAAGGAGUUUUGCGGGCUGCCAAAGAGAAAGCUAUCAAAAGAGUCUUUGGAGACUGGGAUAAGAGUUUCGGGUUCAUACCCAAGUUAAUGUCUGCGCUUCAGUCUUCUAAUGGCCUGCUCGUGGACUGGCAAUAUGAUUCUCUGCCUAAUACUGAGCACGCCUCUUUCCGUGGUGUGUUUUGGGCAUUUCCACAGUCGAUCCAAGGGUUCCAGCACUGUAGACCUCUGAUCGUGGUGGACACCAAAAACUUGGGAGGUAAAUACAAAAUGAAGCUGAUGAUUGCCUCUGCGUUUGAUGCAGCCAACCAAUAUUUUCCUCUUGCCUUUGCGGUUACUAAGGAAGUAUCUGUGGAUAGCUGGCGCUGGUUUCUCACUAGUAUCAGAGACAAGGUAACACAGAGGCAAGGCAUUUGCCUUAUCUCCAGUCCGGACCCGGACAUAGUCACUGUUAUUAACGAACCCGGGUCUCAGUGGAAAGAGCCCUGGGCUUAUCACAGGUUCUGUCUGGAUCAUCUUUGCUCCCAACUCCAGAGCGUUUCUUCAGACUACGACCACAAUAUGGAGUAUCUUGUGGGUAAGGCUGGGUCCUCAAGUAAGAAGGAAGAAUUUGAUUCAUACAUGUUGGAGAUCAAAGAGAAGAAUCCAGAAGCUUGGAAAUGGUUAGACCAAAUCCCUCCACAUCAGUGGGCUCUGGUUCAUGACAGUGGUAGUCGGAGAUACGGAAUCAUGAGGAUAAAAACUCAAUUUCUCUUUGCUGUCUGUAAAAGAUUUCCGAAAGCUGCGAUGGCAGGGGGUGUGAUGCUUCUGUUUGGUGAACUGAGAGAUGCUUUUGAGGAGACUUUUAGCCGUACCCGUGGUAUGGUUCACCGUGGCGAUGUGUACACAGACCUUGUCAUGGAGAAGUUUGACGAGUUCAAGAAAGAUUCCACUACUUGCGUUAUAACGACAUUGGAAAGAGAUGCGUAUCAGGUCUCAACGGCCUCGAAGAAGCAGAAAAGGUAUAUGGGUAAGGUUAAUGUCUCCACCAGUGGGAUUGUUCAGCUUAAUGAGUCAACUUGCACUUGUGGAAAGUUUCAAAGCAAAAAGUUCCCAUGUCUGCACGCUCUAGCUGUCUGUGAUAAGCUGAAAAUCAACCCGUUGCAGUACGUAGAUGACUGUUACACUGUUGAACGGUAUCACAAAACGUACGCGGCUGCAUUUUCUCCUCUUCCGGAGUUAUCAGCUUGGCCUGAAGCUGCUUCUGGAGUUCCAACAUUGCUUGCUCCGGUCAUAAGCCAGUCAGGAAAAGAUGAUGAUGAUGAUUAUGAUGAGGACGAAGAUGAUGAAGGUGAAUAUGAAUAUGAAGAUGAAGAAGAAGAAGAUGAGGAUGAUGAGUGGUAAUAUUCGAAUAAGCAGCUUGUUUUUGCUUAUGAGAUAUAAAAUAAGAUCAGUAGGAUUCCUUGAAGUUUGGGUUUGCUUUACUUCAAUGACUUUCUUCUUUUUCUUCACACGUUCAGCUACAAUCAACUCCUUCUUUUUAAGAUUUUCAGCUGACGACUAUCAUCAACUGUUUAGAAAAUUAUUUCCCAAAAUUUGCAAUU